UAUUUCCCAGUUCUCUUCCACACAGCAGAGCGGCAUGCAGGACUUCUGCUCUCACUUGCAUCUGGAUGUUAGAGGCACAGUCACUCUUGGAGAUUUCCAUUACGGGAUAAAGGGAAGCUCGGUAGCAUCCCUAGUCCAGCCCCAUUCUGAGGGAGGCAAAAUCUUUGUGCAGUUGGAUAUAUAAGAUGUAGGAUGCUCCCCGUUUCAAGAAUCAAGCGACAACCCUUUUUCUGGCCGGUGAAUACUGAACCAGCUCCCUGGAUUUGUAUGAUCCCAGAUACACCUGGCAUCUUUCGGAUAGGUGCGGUGCCCCCUCCAUUUAUUGUAUCCUGCCCUCACCCAUCUCCUUUGCUACAAGGGGUACCUGCCUGGCAAGUCCCUUGCGACCCUUACCUACCUUUGAUGUCAGUGCCCACUGCACCAGAGCCUGCUGUUCACCAAUUCCCUUUGGCAAAUGGGCAGUGGGUUGGAGCUCAUUCCCCUGCAUUUGGAUUUUCACCAUCCUCAAGCGUAGAGAUUGUUCCCCUUUUCCCACAUGUUUACACGUCAACCAUCCCUCCCCAUGCUGGAAAACGGUGGGUUGAAAAGAAAACUCCUAACUGCAAGAUUUUUCUCAACAACUCAUUUGCUCUGGACUCGUCUUGGAUACACCCAGCUGAGGAGUUGAUAUUAUUUCAGGGACUUGAGAAGCCGACUCGCAGGACAAAUCAAGUAACCAUGGCUAUAUCAAGACCAUCCACUGCCUCCAGGCCAUUGCACACAGUCAUAUUAACUCCACAGAGAGUAACAGGCAGUUGCCAAAAUGGAAUUAAGCCAGUCAGCAACAACCAGUCCAUUGCGAUUAUUGGUGCCAUGAAUGUGCCUCCUACAGCAUUAAUGGGGAUCGAAUCGGAAUCAUCACAAGGGUUGUCUCCAACUUUAGCUCCACCCUAUCAUAUGUUGACAAUAUCUCCAAUCAAGAUACCACUUCUUGCUUCUCAGUUACCAGGUCACCCAUCAAGACUUGACGCCCAUAUCACUCCUCUGCUACCAGCUCAGUUUGCCAGAUUAACGGCAUCACCCGCAGUGACCUUCAUGACUACUCUGGCCGAUCAUUCAUCAAAUGAUAAAAGUAAAGAAGCAAACAGAGCGCCUUGUUCAACUGCAUUCAUCUUACAUCCAGAAACAAAAAACAACACUGCCAAGACCGAUGAAAAGGACAAUGUUUUGAAGAUGCCAAGUGAAGACAAAUGUGUGGCUAAAAUCAACAAACCUGUGGCAUCAACACCUGUGCCUGGAUCACCAUGGUGUGUAGUAUGGACUGGAGAUGACAAAGUGUUUUUCUUCAACCCUACAAUUCAACUAUCAGUUUGGGACAAACCAAUAGACCUGAAGAAUCGAGUGGAUAUAAAUCGAAUAAUCGAGGACCCACCACAUAAACGCAAAUUGGAAUCUCCCGCAACUGGCAAAAAAGAUGGACUUGUCCAAGAAGAUGGUAAUGAAUUUGAACACAGCGCCAAAAUAAAAAGGAACAAGACAGAAGAUUCUCAUGCCAUUGAGCAAAAGGAAGAGGAGGAUGAAAAAUCUACAUCCUUGAAAUUAUUGCCCCCAUUGGAAGAACGGAUGACGUGCUUUAGGAACAUGCUUCUUGAGCGAGGGGUGUCUGCAUUCUCCACAUGGGAAAAGGAGCUGCAUAAAAUCGUGUUUGAUCCUCGAUAUCUGUUACUAAACUCAGAAGAACGAAAACAGGUCUUUGAACAAUUCGUAAAGACUCGAAUUAAGGAAGAAUACAAAGAAAAGAGGAGUAAAUUGUUGCUUGCCAAAGAAGAAUUUAAAAAGCUUCUAGAAGAAUCCAAGCUGUCUUCAAGGACCACCUUUAAGGAAUUUGCUGAGAAAUAUGGAAGAGACCAACGUUUCCGUGUUGUUCAGAAAAAGAAAGACCAAGAACAUUUUUUUAACCAGUUUAUCAGCUCACUUAAAAAACGGGACAAAGAAAACAGAAUGAGGUUACGGAAAAUGAGAUAAAACAAAACAAAAACACUAUAUACUGUACGUGCAAUAAACAUUUCCCUUUUGUUGUAACUGCUGGAAGAAGAAAGGAAUCUGUCCUUUAUUAUUUAUCAGACUGAAGAAAUCCAAUGAGGAUACCGUAUCCUGGAGACUUGACCGCACUAGUGUACAGAGAGUAUCUCCGAAGAUAAAACAAAAAGUUCUCUAAGGAAUAAUGUUUCAUAUUGAAGCUAUUUUCUUUUUUUUUUACAAUAUUCAGUUCAAUGUGUUUCUAUUUUCCAUUAUAAUCUGAAGUCAUAUAUUAAGUUGCUUCAAUUAUGCAAAUUAUUAGUGAGAUGAACAAGAACAAAAUAAAGCGACAAUACAAGCUAAUUCCAUUGAAAGGUCAAAACAAAACUUUUUCCCGUUCCUGUUGAAAGCACAGUCCUUCUAAACUAGUGGUUACCGUGUAUCUGAAAGACCAACGCUUUAUCCUUGUCCUUAUCACGUUGUCUGAGUGGUUACAAAAUAUGGUCGCAACUAGUUAAGUGAAGUGUGAACAUUUUUAAAUAUGUCGUUGUUAGCACAAAAAUAAAUAUUUUCUUUUUGCUCUGAU